AGAGAGAGAGAGAGAGAGAGGUAUGUAAAUUGUAAGAAGCACUCGAAAUACAGCAGUGUGACCAACAAAACCAGAUGGCAGAAUCAACACUCUCCACCUCGCAAUACACACUUGGUUCAGACAAUGGGACAAUUCACAGUUUUUCUACCAACACCACAGAUUUUGAACUAAGCGGUCAGCUGAACGACCAGGAGCGGCUUUACCUGCUUGUUUACCAUUGUGCCAUGUUCAUUAUAGGAACAAUUAGCAACGCCCUACUCUUCAUAUGUACUCUCACAUUCAAGCAACAGCAGAACACGCACAGCGAGACAGUGUCCGCUCUGCUGGGCAGGGACAAAGAGAGCAACUUCAGGAUCAACAGGGUGGUGAUCUUGGAGAACUUAUCCUUUAACGGUCUCAUGAUUUGCUUGGCGGUAAUCGCGCCAGUGGUAACGACCCACACUGUCAAAUACUGGGCUCUAGGUCAUGUGAUGUGUAAACUGAUAGCGCAGAGCACGGAGAUUUUGUACACUUCGGGGCUAUUGGUAUACUUUACAAUGUCUUUACACCGGCUGGGAGUUGUGGUUUGUCCUUACACCAAAGUCAAACCUACGGAGAUCCGUCUACUAACAAUGUGGUUGUGGGUAGGAACCACCUUCAUGGUGAUAUUCCUGAACAUAUUCGUCUUAUCCCACGCAGAAUUCGACCAGUUUCACGGUACCUGUUCCAUUCUUAACCAGGCCUCAUUCCUACUACCUCGUUUCGUGAUCUACUCUGUCCUAUACGGCGGCUCACUUCUGACAAUUUUCACCUGCGCUGUCUUACUCUCGGUGAAAUCUUUCUGCGGGAGAAACCCAGAGCUGGAUUCGUCACUGGCGCCGAGUUUGCUGUUUUACACCUUCGCGUGGACAGGGCUGCUCGUUAAAAUGGUCUCUGUAUCUUUCGAGUGGCCCUUGUCCCCGCUAGCUGAUGUCGUGACUACGAGCGCCCCAGAGUUGCAGGUCGCGCUGAAUCCUCUUCUGGUUUUCUGGCGACACACUCAGCUAAGAGAGACUCUUUCAGAUCUUUUCAAAUGUGUGGCAUGCAGAGCAGUGGGUUCAGGAGACGACGAAAUGGAAAUGGAGGAUUGAAGACACUGGUUAUUUGCGAAAUUAUGGGAGAGAAUCAGAAAAUAACAAAAUUUAACAGAUUUACUUUUUUACAUUAAAUAAUUACACUUUUUAAAAUCAAAUAUCUUAUUUCAUAACGAGGGAUGUGCAUUUAAUCAAUUAUUUCAUCAGAUCUUAUAUUCAAUGU